GGAGGCAGACUCAAAACAGAGGAAGGCGCUCUCCUGCGGCGUCUCACCACGAGCUCUCAACGUGCGUUACGGAACAUUAUUAAUUUUGGGGUGCAAAAUCGACUUUUAUUUUGUUAUUUUCAAAAGGCGUAACCCCCCCCCCCCCCCCGGAAUGAAGUCGCCCAACAGUCGCCCCUCCACGGCGGGCUGCAACCCCUUCGUGCACGAGCCCAAACUCACCGUGGCCCAGACGAUACAGAUAGGACUGAUGACGGUCACGGUCUUCCCGGUGCGCCUGCUGCUGGUGUUCCUCCUCAUGCUGCUGGGGUGGCCCUUCGCCUACGCCGCCUCCCUGGCGCGGUCCGAUUACGUCAUCGAGCCACAGUCGUGGUGGAUGAGGUUCAUAGACCUGAGCCUCCGCCUCAUCAUGCGGGCCCUGUGGUUCUGCGGAGGGUUCCACUGGAUCAGGGUGAAGGGGGAGCGGGCGGCGGCCUCCAAGGUUCCCAUCUUCACCGUGGCGCCGCAUUCCACCUACUUCGACGCCAUCCCGAUCACCAUGACGAUGUGCUCCAUCCUCACCAAGCUGGAGAGUCGCAGCAUUCCCGUCUGGGGCACUCUGAUCAGCUACAUCCGGCCCAUCUUUGUGUUCCGGUCGGAUCAGGAUUCCCGGAGGAGAACCGUGGAGGAGAUCAAGCGGAGAGCCCGGUCCGGAGGGGAGUGGCCUCAGAUCAUGAUAUUCCCAGAGGGGACGUGCACCAACAGGUCGGGGCUCAUCUUGUUCAAGGCCGGCGCUUUCAUCCCAGGGCUCCCAGUGCAGCCUGUGGUGCUGCGCUACACAAACAAACUGGACACCGUUUCAUGGACGUGGCAAGGUCCCGGAGCGUUCAAGAUCCUGUGGCUCACUCUGUGCCAGCCUCACAACGCCAUGGAGAUCGAGUACCUGCCCAUCUACUCUCCGUCCCCCGAGGAGAAGGAGAGCCCCGCCCUCUUUGCCAACAACGUCAGGAAGAUCAUGGCCAAGGCUCUGGAGCUCCCCCUGGUGGACCUGUCCUUUGAUGACCGUGAGAUCAGCCUCUCUCAGGGGCCGCUGCGCAUCCUGGACUGCAGCAGCCUGCUCCACUUCCACCAGCUGGUGUGCCGCCUGGGGCUGCGGGCCGAGCGGUCCGGAGCGGUUCUGGAGGAUCAGGCCCGACGAGCCCGGAAGCUGCAGAGAGAAACGCUGCGAGAGGACGAGUUCGCCGAGUUCCUGGAGCUGCCGCUCACACACACACUGACACAGGUCCACAGCCUGUUUGACCAGCGCGGAGACGGGCAGAUCGACGUCCGGCUGCACGUCGUCGCGCUGUCCACCGUCCACCGGCCCCUGAGGUCCAUGGAGACCCUCAGACUGGCCUUCAAGAUGUACGAGGACGAGGAGAACGGCCACGUCCUGCGGGAGGACCUCGCCGCCAUCUUUGAGAUAAUGCUGGGCGUGAGACACGUGGACCUUUCGGGUCUUUUUCUGUCGCUCGACGGAUCCGACGCCACGAAGAUCACAUACGAUGAACUUCAUCGUUUCAUAGAGCAGAACCCGUCCUUCGUCCAGGAUCACCUCGAUUUUGAAAACCACCCGCGCGGCCGGCCGAAGACGAGCUGCAACGGCCACAGCAAAGACGACUGAAGACAGCAACUCAUCGACCGCUCUCUCUCUCUCUCUCUCUCUCUCUCUCUCCGAUGUGCCUUCAAGUGCCCGAAGACAACAGACAGUGACACACACACGCGGCCGUAAAGGAUCCGCGCUGCAAAGAUGAUGAAAACAACUUGUUUUUUCUCUCCAUCCUAAUUAUCCCCAUUGUGAAUUAAAUAAACACUUUCUUUCCCUUUUUUUCUUCUCCCUCUUCAGGUGUUUUUUUCUCUCACAUUUUUGACAUUUAUUUUCUUAUAUUUAAGAUAUAUGUAUUGCAACAUAACUUCAGGUAAAAAAAAUAAAGAAAAUCAGGAUAUUCAUCAUGAAAAAAACUCUCCGAAACCCGAAGAAAUCCAAUGACAUCAUUCCUUACCUCAAGCAGCCGUGUCACAUUGAUGAUGAUGAUGAUGAUGAUGAUGCCACACAUGUAAACAAAGGACCAGGAAGUGACUUAUUGUAUUUUCAUGUGAAUAAGAAGCAAAUCUUUCAUCUGUUUUUUUUUGUGGUAAUAUAUUGUUUUUUUUCUUGUUUUUAAAAAUGUCCAGAUAAAAACAUUUACAUUUAUACACACA